UUCACACCUUCUUCCCUCAAACUUCUCUCCACGUCUCUCUCUCUUUGCAGAAACAUUCAACAAAACCCUCAAAAGAACAUCUCUUUCGAAAGUAAACAUGAUGGCGUUGGAUCUUCUGUCGGAAAACUCUAACAUGAGUCCAAGAAUCUCAUUCUCUCGUGACUUUUGCCAAUCAGAUGCUAUACCGGUCGAGAAACGUCCCUUGCGAUCAUCACCAAAUUCCAAACCGUCGAGUCUCAACUCAAGCGUCGAUUUCGAUUUCUGCAUUCCCGGCGGCGUGACUUCCGGCGAAAGCUUCGACCAAGGCUCUUGGUCCGCCGACGAGCUCUUCCGUAACGGUAAAAUCUUGCCGACAGAAAUCAAGAAGACCAAGAAGAAAGACGAAUCUCCACCACCACCAGAGAAACACAAUAAAAAAAUAUCCGAUACCGGUCUAACCGAACCGGCUAAACCGGAUAUUAAAAAAGCGAGUAAACCGGUUGAAGAGGACGAAGACGACGUCGUUAUAACGGAGGUGAAACCUAAUACGAAGUCGUUUUGGGGGUUUAAGAGAAGUAGCAGUUUAAACUGCGGAAGUAGUUACGGACGGAGUUUAUGUCCGUUACCGUUACUAAACCGGAGUAACUCGACCGGUUCAGCAUCGAGUAAACCGAAACAGAGCUCUAGGAAACAACACACAACAGAGCAUAUAAAGCUACAACAAUCCUCAUCGUUGUCUUCUUCCUCUUCUUCUUGUUCAUCAAGUAACAGUAACUUCCAGAAACCGCCGUUGAAGAAAAAUUACGGAGGCUACGGUUACGGAAGCCAUGGAAGUGGGACAAGAGUGAGUCCGGUUAUAAACAUGGUUCCAUCUGGUAGCUUGUUUGGUUUGGGUUCUAUAUUCUCUGGCAACGGAAGAGACAAGAAUAAGAAGAGAUAGGGUUUGUGUUCUGAUUUGGUAAGAGAGAGAUAUUAUUCCUGGGUUUACUGUUUGAUCUUGCUUGCUUCUUCUCUGUUUCUUUCUCUGAAACUCUGAAGAUUUUCUGACAGUGUGUGUUUUGUGGGUCCUAUUGCCAACUUCUUUGUGUCUUUUUUUUUAGAAUUGUUGUGGUGUAAUUGUUUUUUCGUUUGAUUUGUUAGUUUGUCUUUUAUCAAUGUUUAAAUCUAGAUUUUAUAUUUCAAGAGGCUGCUAAUUUGAGAUUACACUUCGUGCAUGAUUGGUAAUGUCUUUACUCUUUAGAGAAUGUAGCAAACAAAAGUAACCAAUUAAGC